AUGUCUCGACUAUCCGACUACCGUCUACUAUGCUUCGAUGUCUACGGCACUCUCAUCGACUGGGAGGGUGGCAUUCUGGCCGCACUGCAACCCAUGCUAGCGCGCAAUAAUGCCCAAUUCUCGCGCGAGGAGCUCCUCACGGUCUAUCACGAGUUCGAGAGUGAGCAGCAGCGCCUGAUCCCGGACAUGCCCUACUCGCAGCUCCUUUCAACCAUCCAUCCCCGUCUGGCCCAGCGCCUCGGCCUGGAUAUACCCAGCGAGCAAGAAAGCAAGCAAUUCGGCGACUCAGUCGGCAGCUGGCCGGCCUUCCCAGAUACCGUGGACGCACUACGUCGUCUUUCAAAGCACUACAAGCUCGCGGUCCUCUCAAACGUAGAUCGGGCCUCUUUUGCGCAAUCCAACGCAGGCAGUCUACAAGCCUUCCCCUUCGAUCUGAUCAUCACAGCACAAGACAUCGGCUCGUACAAACCAGACCAGCGCAACUUCAAGCACAUGAUGGAGACCGUCAGGGCAGACUUCGGUGUCGAGCCGAGUCAGAUCCUGCAGACGGCUCAGAGCCAGUUUCAUGAUCACCAGCCUGCACGGAAAGUGGGGAUCAAAAGCGUGUGGAUUGAGAGGCCCGGGUCUAUAAUGGGGAACAGUGGGGAUCCCAUCUAUGAUUGGAGGUUUGAGACGCUGGGGGAGAUGGCGAGUGCGUUGGAACGAGAAGAGUGA